UACUAAGGCCACAUGGCUCACAAGGUGGAAAGGCCAAGGUCACCUGUGUGGGGUGGCAUUGCUGCCCCCACAGCAAGGCUGGAGCAUUCCCAAAGACCCCAGUGGGACACACAGCCGGUCCCCAAGACCCUGUGUGCCAGCCAGCCAUGGGCAAUGGUGCAGGGUGGCCUGGGACAGGCUUGGGGUCACCUCCCAGGGCUGCACCUCCCACCACAUGGGGUGACCUUGGCACACCUUCUCAGCUCCAAAGCUCACUGCAAUGGCUGGGACAUGGCCAGUCGGUGGGGUGGCCCACGGCUCCUGGGCGGUCACAGGGUAUGUGGCUCCUGCCACCGUGGCUUGGGGCUCACUGGGCUCAUUCCAGCGCUGUCCCCACAGUGGUGCCACCACAGUUUCUGCCUCUGCACCCCUUUGCUGUCCACUGCUUGGGUAUGUGUCCCAGGAGUGACUCCUACAUGUCCCCUGUGUGUCCCGCGGCUCUGGUGUCCCCGUCUCCCGAAUGUCGCCGUGCAUGUUCCCUGCAUGCCUGUGCCUUCCUGUGUCCCACGUGUCUGCUGUGCCCUCUCUCCUACUUGACCGCUGUGCGUCCCCACCUCCCACGUGUUCCCUAUGUGUCCCAUACAUGUCCCAUGCGUGUCCCCACUUCCCACAUGUACCCUCUAUGUGUCCCCCGUGUGUCCCCUGUGUGCCCUCCACGUCCCACAUGUGCCCAUGUGUCCCGCGUGCCUCCGCAUGUUCCUCCUAUAUGCCCUGUGACCCGUGUGUCCCUACAUCCCAUGUAUGUCUGCUACAUGCCCAACUGCCUGUUCCCACACCCCCCGUGUGCCCCCGAAGUGUCCCACGUGCCUCCCACGUGUCUCCCACACCCCCAAAGCGCCUCCAAUGUCUCCCACACCCUCAAAGCGCCUCCAAUGUCUCCCACACCCCCCCGCGCCUGUCUCUAACACCUCCCACGCGCGCCUUCCACCCGCCCCUCACACACCUCCGCGGGAGCCCGGUGCCCCGCGCCCCCGCGCUCCGCUGCCCCCACGGGCCGGUCCCGCGCGGGCCCUUUAAGGGCGGGGGGGGCGUGUCGCGGCGGCCGGGCCGGCCCGUUAAAGGCCCGGCGAGGGGCGCGCGCCGCACUCGGGCGGGGGCGGCGGGGCCGGAGGGGCCGCGGCCGCAGGAUGUACACGCUGACGCGCGGCCCCAGCAAGCUGGCCACGCAGCGCCGCACAGCCCAGCCCAGAAACUCGUCUUCAACAGAGUAAAUGGCAAGAGGCCACAGGUGCUGCUGCAGCAGGUCUCAGCCCCUGAGGAGUGCUACACGCUGGCCCAUGAAGAAAACGUCCGCUUCAUCUACGAAGACUUUGUUCCCAUUGACCUGGAGGAGUGGUGGGCACAGCAAUUUCUGGCCAAAAUUGAAAACUGCUCAUAAAAGGGAAGAAAGGUUUGGGUUGUUUUUGGUUUGUGUUUUUGGUUUUUUUUGUUUUUUUUUUUUUCCUCUUUGUUUUUAAAAGAAACAAAGCUAAGAGCAUCUGGUCAGAACCCAGAACUAGUGGCGUUUUUGAACCACAUUUUUAAAAGAUGACCGAAACAAAGUGACCCUUGCUGCGAGGCCAGCAGGACCGGACCACAGCCAUGCCCAGCCACAUGCCCCCUCCCUGUGCCCAGUGUGGAGGAGCAACGUGCGGCCCCAGCCAGGAUUCCUUAAGUGCCAGUUCUUGGACUGCUGCAGCUUCCAGCUCCCAGGGACACUGCGGUGCUGUGCUGGGGAUGAGGGAGCGGACCCCCACCUGCGGCUCUAGCCAUGGGGAGGACAGUGGGGUGCUGUAGCAGGACCACCCCAGACAAUAAAGCACUGAAACUGCCA